AGUCCACCACGCCCCGCAGGUCGGACGCGUCGCGCUGCCGAUAGAAGCGAAAGAGACGUCGGAACGCAUCCUCCCCACCCUCACGGGUCAGGGCCGCCGCCGCCAUUUCGGGCCGGCCGGGGCGGGGCCGCCCCUCCCUCUCUCCGUCCCUCCCUCUCCCCGCAGUCCCGACAUGGCGGCGCCCAGUGCGGUGCGGGCAGCGGGGCGCCGCUCCCGGCGGCUCUUCGACAUCUUCGUGGCUGAGAUUCCCUGGACGGUAUCGAGCAAGGAGCUGAAGGAGUACUUCUCCCAGUUCGGGACGGUGCAGAGGUGCCAGCUGCCUUUCGACAGAGAUACAGGUUUUCACAGACGUUAUUGCUGGAUUAAAUUCUCAACUCCAGAAGAAGUUCAGAAUGUGUUACAGAAAGACUCCCACAUUCUUGAAGGUUCCAAGCUUGCUCUCCAACACCAGAUCCGUAGAAGACGCAGUCAAAGAAAGAAUCAAAGUGAGUGAGUGGUGGAAGAAGGCUUUAUUUCACUAAAUGUAAAGGAACUAAAAUAAAGAUUACUGAGAAACUA